GGUGAAAACUGCUUGCGGCGAUGCUGCUGUUCCACAGCGAGAGAUGCAGUGCGCCGAGGAAGAGGAGAGCGAUGCAGAGCUCGGCGAAUCGAGCGCGCUGAUGACUGUCUACUAUUAUUACGAGCGGGAGGAAAAAAUCGGCUCGGCCCGCGCGCGCGAUGCUGUUAUUUACACUUUCUAGUGCGUCAAAUUUUUUUGUCCUCGCCGGGCUGCCGGAAAGUAGGUCGCGCUUUAUUGGAAAAUCAUCGACGCUCCUGCUCCGUAUCUAAUCUACCGUAGUCCGCGCGCAUCGAUUCUUUUUAAUCGAAGAAAGCGAGCGUAGCGCUGAAAAAUUGUGGUCACGCGCGUGUGCAAACUCCAGCCCGAGAGCGUCGAGCAGUCAAACACACUCGUCGAGUGUCAAGUGCAAGGGCGCUCGGAUUCGCGCAAAUAUUUGCUCGCCUCUGUAUGCACAGGUCCCACGCAGGCGCUACAUUGUUUCGAUGAAAAAUUUCGCGAAAAUCAAAAGAGACAGCCAGAGUGCGUAGGAGAGGAGGAAAAGAGCUCACUCGCGUUCAUCGACAGGUGAGCGUGCGAGCAUAAAAGGUGGGAGCGAAGGGACGACGCUCGGUCCGUCUCUCCCUCCACCUGAGACUCAUAUCGAGAGUAUAGAGCCGCGGCGCGCGCUCGAGAGCAGCAAAGACGCCUUUCUCUCGAGAGCUCCCCGCUUUCAGCGCAACUCGCAGCGCAUACUUCUAGCCCGAGAGAACAGUCUGUCGGAGGCAGUUACAUGGGAGUCGGUCGAGUUGGCUGCUGGACUCGGCUCUCCUAGCACUAGAAGAAGAAGAAGAAGAAGAAGAUGCCGCCCUCCAACGUCAAGGACGCCGAGUUGGCCAAGGCUGCGGAGAUUGAGUCCGGCGGCGAGAUGAGCGCCGAGAUGAACGCCGAGAUGGAAGCGGUGGAGGAGCGUCUGCAGAAGUUGCUGAAGGAAGGAGCCAAGAUGCCGGCCGACAUGGACGUGGACGACGAUCUGGACCUGCCCGACUAUUACGACCCGGAGAAGUUCCGACUGGGUCAGCGCGCCUUCUUCAACAACGUCUUCACCAUGAUGAUAGCCAAGCUCUCGGGGCUGCUUACGCUCUUGGCUGUGCCCUCGAUCCUCGAGAUACUCAUGUUCACCAAGCAGAGCGGCACACCCUGCACGGCCUUCCGCAGAUACGUCUCCACGAUACUGCACACCUUCGUGUGGUACGAGAAGACGCCGGGUAAACAGCUCGAGUUUCUGAAAUCGCUGAAGAACGUGCGCAAGAAGCACUGCAUCGUCUCGCGGCGCAGCUCCGAGGCAGGCCUUGGUAGGAUCUCUCAAUUGGACAUGGCGCUCACGCAAUUCGGAUUCAUCGGUUUCACGCUCAUCAGCGGCGACACGCUGGGGGUACACUUGUCCGACGAGGAGCUUCGCGGGCUGGUACACUUCUGGCGUGUGAUCGGACACAUGCUCGGAAUGGAUGAGAGAUACAAUCUGUGCAACGGCACGGUAUCCGAAUGCCGAGCCCUCUGCAGGCGACUCCUCGACGACGUCUUCCUGCCGUGUUUCGCGCAGAAGAACAAAAACUUCGACGAGAUGGGAAGAAUACUUCUGGAGGGACUGUGGCCGGUGAAUCCCCACCUGGACGCGAAAGCCUACACGGCCUUCACGCUCCGACUCGCCGUUUCGGCGGCCACCAACAACAACCACUCCGUCGUGAUCGACACGUCGGACAUGUCGCUGUACAGUAAAUUCUUGCUGAACCUGCAGCUGAGUGUGCACCGCUAUCUGCUCCCGACGAGGUACUGGUGGUCGAGAUUCUUCCGCGCGUUUUUCAACAUGGAGACGAGAUUGGCCAUUUUCCUCACGGAGAACUUUCCCUUCCUGGCAUACUGGCGUUUCGGCAGGAACAAGUCUCGCGUCAACAUCUACAAGUUUCACUACGACUGACGUGUCUGUGUGUAUAAACGAAUUCAAUCCGAUAUUAUAUACGCUUACCUGAUUAGCCCGACGAUUCCAAAGGACAGUGUGAGACGAUGCUUUUGUACAAAACGGACGAAAAAACAAAAAAUUAACGUAGUUUGCAACGAUCUCGUUGCAAUAGAGUAGGUUAAUUUGUAAAUUUAUACUUACGUCGAUAAUAUGCAAGCACCUUUUUAUACCGCACCGUUAUUACGAUAUAUGUAUUGUAACAAUAUUUGUAUUUUUUAGACUGUUUAUUUUUCGACCCGGCUUGAUUGUUGAAACAAUAAAAGCGUGUUGUUGUUGUUGUUGUUACGAAAAAA